AUGGCUAGAAUCAGCGGAGGACUUCUGUUAAUACUAGCUUGUGCAGCUGCCACAGCCUCCAGUCUUGCAGCGUUCACCUCGGCAUCGGCGUCGGCGACUGGCCGAAGUUCCUUGUUCCAAUGUCGAAGAGGUGAUCCGCGAUGUCCUCCGAAAGUGGCACAGCACUUUACCUCUAACAGCUUCCAUCCAGGCCAGGACAUCGAAACCCGCCCAGGCCAGGAGGCUCGGUGGGUUGAAGAGUCGCUGAUGAACACGUGCUACAAGCUCGGAAUCAAGCCUAGCACCAUAAUGGAGUCGCCCAAAAAACAGUGGGCGCCUUCCAGAAAAGGGAUCUCGCUACGAGCAUUUGCUUGGGGUACGGCCAUCGUUUGUGCGGUGUGCCUUGGAGGCACGAUCGUGGCAUACAUCGUCAAAAGUGCAGCUGCUAAGACUUUCUGGGGCAAAUUUAUGGGGCUUUUCAAGCGGCAAUAUCUCCCGGCCGGAGCAAAGCACUACAAAGUGUGGAGAAAUACAGCAGUUGGGUCUGCUGCAGUGUCGGUUGCCUUGCAUGAGUGGGCAAGUCGCGAGUACAACAGUGUUUCUAAGCUGAGCCAGCAAGUUGUGGAACUUCAGCAGGUACUGAGCGAACUGAAGGAAUCCCGGCGCGGGGAUGCUGAGGUGUAG